GUGUGUGUCUGCGUGCUGUGUGCUGGUCUGUCCGAGGAAUCAGAAACAUGUCGAAGAGGGCCAAGAAGAACGAGCAGGCUGCUGCAGAUGAAGCCAACGAUAAUGGAACAGAACCGGCAACAAAGAAAGGGAAGAAGGCAAAGGAACCAGAGGCUCCAAUUCUGUAUGAGGACCCCCCAGAUAAGUUGACCAGCAAGGAUGGCCGAGCAGCCAACAUGAAGAUCACCUCUUGGAAUGUGGAUGGCCUUCGUGCCUGGGUUAAGAAGAAGGGGCUUGAUUGGGUGCGUCAGGAGGAUCCAGAUGUGCUCUGUCUUCAGGAAACUAAGUGUGCUGAGAAAUCCCUGCCAGCAGAUAUAACCUCUAUGCCUGAGUAUCCACACAAAUACUGGGCCGGUUCUGAAGAUAAGGAGGGCUACAGUGGGGUGGCCAUGCUGUGCAAGACUGAACCAAUUAAAGUCAGCUAUGGCAUUGGUAAAGAGGAGCAUGACAAAGAGGGCCGGGUGAUCACUGCUGAGUUCCCCUCCUUCUUCCUGGUCACAGCCUAUGUGCCUAAUGCUAGUCGUGGGUUGGUGCGCCUCGACUACCGCAAGACCUGGGAUGUGGACUUCCGCGCCUACCUUACUGAUCUAGAUAAGAAAAAGCCUUUAGUGCUCUGUGGAGACCUUAACGUUGCUCACCAGGAGAUUGAUCUGAAGAACCCCAAAGGCAACCGCAAGAAUGCCGGCUUCACUCCUGAGGAGCGCGAGGGCUUCAGCCAGCUCCUGGAGGCUGGCUUUACCGACAGCUUUCGGGAGCUGUAUCCAGAGCAGACCAAUGCGUACACCUUCUGGACCUACAUGAUGAACGCGCGGUCCAAGAAUGUGGGCUGGCGGCUGGACUACUUUUUGUUGUCUGCUGCCUUGCUCCCAGGUUUGUGCGACAGCAAGAUUCGUAAUACUGCCAUGGGAAGUGACCACUGCCCCAUCACCCUGCAUCUGGUUGUGUAGAGUUGAUUCCUUAUAAUCUAUCAGGGAAUCUCCUUAACUCUGAUGCAGGGCAAUUUUAGUACAUAUUGGCAAAAUAUGUAAAAGUAACUGUUCCUGUAUCUGUUCCUUUUCUGUGUUUUUUUUUACAUUUAAACAGAAAACUUUGAGUAGUCAGACCUGAAAGUAACAAAGGUAGUUACAGUUUAUAGAUCAGUUUAUAUUUUUGUUAAUUUGUUUUGUUAGUUUCUUUUACCAGGUUUUGGUUGAUUAUUGAUUUAUCCAACACUUCAUUGAAGGGUAGUGUUAAUAAGGGCAACAAUGCACCUUAAUAGGCAUUUUAUGACACCUGACAAACCUACCCCAUCAUCUAUGAAGGUGUGUUCUGAGUGGUCAGUUGCCAUAAGAUUUUCUGAAGUUCCAUCAAAAUUGUCAUAAAGCCUUGAGAAUACUGCCCUUUUAUAGCGUUACCCUAGCUUCUUCAUGUUCCCUAUGCUUUUUUUUUGCCCACAAAAUUAGAUAUCUACAGUGGCCAGUUUAUCCACUAUUCAUGGUUCUGUACCACCAGUUGUGGGUUUUUUGUUUUUUUCAUUUUAUUUUAUUUUACUAUGUUUCAGUUGUACCGUUUCAAGCCUUGCUGAAUGAAAACCUACUAUGAGGGGAGUAUAAAACAUUUCAUUAAGAUGUGCCCUUAAGUAUUCCUGAAAGUGUUUAAAUCUGUAUGACUUACUAAAGGAAACUUUUACAGUUUUCUUAAUCAGCAAAUCAUUUUCUUUCUGUUCAAGUUAAACAUGUCUGUGAGCUUUAUUGAAUCUCAUGACUCUCAACUCGUAAAACUGCUGUAAGUAGGAUAGACAAACUACUUGAAAUCCAUGCAUAACUACUGUGAGCAAUAAUACGAGGAUGCACUACAAAAGAUGAAUAAACAAGCUAAUUUGGAGUGUUUGGUAUUACUUAGACCUGAAAAAGAUGAAUUGAGUUCAUCUCAGAAUGACCCUUCGCCUGAACUGGCUGAAGUGCUAAGUAAGUAAUCCAGCACUGUUUUUGUUUUAUCAAGCUAUUAUUAACUUGGUGCUUUUGCACAAUUAUGAUUUUUGGUGCUAAACUUGGGUGUUUUCAUGUGCUUCCCACUUUUAUUGUGACCUUCAAUUGCAAAAAGUAAUUUCCCCUUUACAGUGUUGCACACAGCAAACAUUUACGUCUGUAUGUAUGCCUCUUACCUGUUGUUGAUGAUCACAUUUUGUAAUAAACUACUUUAUUAAAA